UGCAGACCCUGCGGCAGGAGGCUGACCGGCCCUAUGUCCCCCGGGGGACCCUCGAAACAGAUUUCCCAGCACCUCUGUUCAGGUGAGUGCCCCCCACGGCCCCGUGCGCCGCCUCUGCGUCCCAGGUGUCGUGGCAUUCAGUCUGGCUUCUCGUGAGUGUUUACUCUUCAGUCCAGGCACCUCGGUGCUCUACCCUCGCCCUGCCUCACCCCAUCCUGACCUGGCUGCUCCCCGCACCUCCUGCCCCCGCCUGCUCCUGGUACUGCCCUCCCCGCCUGCGGCCAGAGCAGGGUGUGCGUGAGCACCGCUGGCCAGGGGUCCGCUGUAGGCAGGGGCACAGCCUGGUGGUGACUGGGUCUCUCCAGGAGCCUCCCGCAGCAGCUCUCACAGAACCAGGCUAGGCUUCUGCGACCCUAAACCACUGAGAUUGACUCUCUCCCAGGUCUGGAAGCCGGAAGCCAGAGAUCAAGGGGGUCUGCAGGGCUGGUUCCUUCCGGGGCCUGAGGGAGCAGCUCUGCUGGGCCUCCCAGUUCUAGCGCCUUUCUGGUUGUCCUCGGCACCCCGAGGACAGGUCACCUCGAUCUCUGCCCCAGCGUCACAUGGCCUCCGUGUCCAGGCUCCCCUUCCAAGGACACCAGGCCCCACACGAGGGCCAGCCCAGCCCGAGGCCCACAGCUUAGCAACAGUGUCUGCUGAGCUCCCCAGGGGGAUGCUUGAGACCAGGAGGGCGUGGAUUUGGGGAGCCCUCUCAUCCCGGCGGACUGGCUAAGGCACCGUAACGGGGGACUGUGCAGCUGUAGGAAGAGUGGGGUGUGCCCCUGGGCCGCCCCGCCGCAAGCCGCACGUCCGUCCUGCGCAGUGCCCGCCCCGGGGUGGGGUGCAGGGGCCGGGGGCACACGUGCGCUCUCUUAAAGGGCAGGAAGGCUCUGGGUCGUGGACCGAGCAGGCAUCGACUGGGGUUUCUUCCAGGUCUAACCUGCUGCUCCCAGAGGCCCACCUCCCACUAUCACGUUAGACUGGCGGCCUUUCGUUUCACAAAUGCUGUGCACGUCGGGGCUCAGAAGUAUUCCCUUUGCUAGGACAGGGGACCCAGGAUCGUGGGCGCGUGGCAAAGCCAGUGUGUGUCAGGUUCCCAAGACCGAUGUUCCAGAACCUUCCACGCUCACCCCACCCUCAGUGAGAUGCAUGGGUUUCCAGUUUUCCAUGAUCUCUGGACCACGCAGGGCGCAGGUCCAAAGAGCCUGUGGUCAGCAGCGCCCCCAACUGCCGGGGCGAAGGGCCCGCUGGACCCUCUGCAGGGCACUGGUGCUCCUGGCAGGCCUUCCGGAAGGAACGGCCAGUGAGGUUUCUGCCCGAUGAGGUCCCUGCGGCUUGAGCAGCUCUGGGGGUGUCUUUCACUUCUCAGCUUUCCUUUCCGCUUCUGGGGUUUUCCCUGUCAUUUUUAACAGUACCACACAGCGACUUGGUUUUCAGAUUUUAUUUCCGAGUUCUCGCCACACCCAGCAUGGGGCUCAAACUCACGACCCCGAGAUCAAGUCGCACGCUCCCCCGACUACACCACCGGGCACUCCCAUCUCUGCACCGCAGUCCCGUUGCCUACACUGGUCCCAGCUGCCCCAGGGCCUCUGGACACCCACUGGCCCUGGACAGCUGCGGCCUCCCUGGGAAAGCCGUCCUAGUGCCCUGCCUAGGACAGGUCUGGUGGCAGAGGCCUCCUGCCGUAGGUGCACCCUCCCCCCACCACCCCGUGUCCCUGGGGGGAUGGACCAGAAGUGUUGAACAAGGAGAAGGUUUAAUGCGGGGCAGGGGGAGGUGUUGGAGGGAAGCAGGCCACAGGACUCAGCGCCCGCACUCCUCUGCCUGCCAGGGCCAGGGUGUGCAUGCCAGCAGUGCAGGGCAGCGGAGGCCCCCAGCCAGGCUCAGCCUCUGCUGCCCUCACCCCCCCAGCGAUGACUAUCUGUCCCUGGAGGGUCCCCGCUGGACACCGGCCAUCAGGCAGGCAGUGCGCUGGAAGUACGCCCCCAUGGGACGCGACGCAGCGGGCCAGCCGUGGUACACCGGCCUGACCAACUCUGAGUCUCGGGAAGCCUGGUACACGCUCCCGCGGGCCCUGGACAGCCCGUACCGGGAGGCCUACGCCCGCUGGCACGGCUGUCACAGCCACUGGGAGCGAAGCAUGCCCUCAGCCUACACCCAGCGCCUCCGGGAGACCGCCUGGUACGACCCUGUCCUUCCUGCCCAGUACAGGGUCCCCAGCACGCGGUGGGGGAGCGUGCUGUGGACAGACAGACCUUUCCGAGGCAAGGAAUACGUGGUCACCAGGCACCAGUACCAGGCGGAGCCGCCAUGGCAGGGGUCUGACUACGUGCCGCUCCUGUCGGCACCCCAGCGCCCGCGCUACACCACGCAGAACCACAGGCGGUGGGACCUGGAACCCUACUGCCCCUCCACCAACCAGCGGCCCCCACCCGUCUACACACCCAUCCACUGAUAAAGUUCAUGCUGCC